GUUUUUUUGCUUGCAGCACACUGCCGUCUCCGCACCUUAAAGAGGAUUGAAACACCUCGCCGCACUGCUCGGACAGCUGUAAAUUGCGGCGGAACCACAAAACAGCCGCAGCGGCGCGCCGUCUUGCGCACACCACACUGCCCACAGGAGACUCAACUGCAUUUCACGCGCGCCGCCGCGACGCCCGUUCAAAAGUAAAGCCGGCCUCGGCGACGCAGAAGAUACCCGGGCUCCAAUUUGCACUCAUCAAACAUGGUCGCGACGCGUAGAGCAAAAGCCGCCUCGCCGGCGCCCAAGCCGCGCGGCCGCGCCCAGUCGCCGGCGCGGAAGCCUGCAGCCAGAGCCAAGUCGCCGGCGCGCAAGCCCGCCGCGCGAGCCAAGUCGCCACGACGCAAGGCCAAGAACGGCAACGGCAUCGCGCACACCUUACAAACCGGAAGAGAACAUUCACUGGUCGAGUUCCUCAUGCUAAGGGUCAUGGUCAUCUUCGAGGAGGGCUCGAACGUCCCUCCGGGAAGCCCACCGGCACCCCAAACAGGCUGGUACGCCGCUUCUUCUUCCACCUUCGCUUUGUUAGGACUGUUCGCGAUGACGCGGUUCACGUGCCCCGUCUUCCCGGGCCAUCAAGUGGAGGCGGUGAUCUGCGGGAUUCAGUCCAUAUGUAGCUGGGGCAACGACGUCCACAGUUUUGGCCGUCCAAGUAAGUGGAAGAACGCCGACCGCCUCGUCGCCUCGGUGAACAUCAUGUGGCAGAUGUGCAAACUUAUUUGGUUGGAGAUGACUCUCUUGGAGUACGUCGUGUGGAUCGGCGGCCUAUGUGUCGCAUUGGCUUGUUUUCAAAGAGGCCAGAAGUUGUUGCAUUCGAGGAGCCCGAAGCCCCCCACGAAACGGGACUUCUCCGCCUUUUUGUGGUGGCAUGCCGUCUGGCACUGCGUGUUGCCGUUCGCGGCAGGGGCGUGGAUGUGGGUUCGCGGGCGAAGGUUGGGCUGUGGCUGCGUCGACGCGGUGGUCUGCCGGUUUUAGUAACUUUAUUUAUUUCUU